AUGCAAACUGCUUCUACAAACAUUUGUGAAAGAAUGGGUCGCUCUCAGGAGCUCAGUGAAUUCAAGCGUGGUACCGUGAUAGGUUGCCACCUGUGCAAUAAGUUCAUCCAUGAAAUUUCCUUGCUACUAAAUAUUCCACGAUCAACUGUUAGUAGUAUUAUAUCAAAGUGGAAGCAACUGGGAGCAACAGCAACUCAGCCACGAAGUGGUAAGGCAUGCUGAAACACACUAUGCGCAGAAUUCACCAACUGUCUGCAGAGUCAAUAGCUAAAGACCUCCAAACUUUGUUUCCACCAAAGGGAACUCUUAAGGCAUCAGCAUACCAAGACAUUUUGGAGAAUUUCAUGU